AUGAGACUCGAGUUUGCCUCUGUGCUACAGCUCUUCUUUGUGAUUUGCUUUGAGUACCCUAUUUCUGUGCGCUGUUGGGAGCUUCGUCACGGCUUCAACUACACAGAGAAGGACAUUACGCAGGCGGCGAGCCACUGCAAGGAGAUUGUGGUGCUCCGCUACCACCACUCGAAGGACCUGACCUUCUUGGGCCUCAUUGUCGCCACGAUGACCGACAACGCCCCAUGGCGAUGUCUGGGAUGCAGACAACUACGCAAGCAUUCAGCCAGUCAUUGUCACAUUUGUCAGCAGCCCUGGCAAGUAGCGAUAGACAGGACCUACGUCCACCAACCUGGCGGGCAGAAAGCCCAAGAGGCCUACGCGUCAGGCUGGAACUACAAUCAAGGAUGGGAUGGGCAUCAGAAUUGGGGUGGCAGAGAUCGCUCCCAAAGCCGGACCCACACGCCGAAGAAGGGCAGGAAGCCGAAAGGCGCGAAGACGCCACGGAACAGUGCCCCUGGGGAGGGGAAAGGAGCGCCCAUGCAACCUUUCCCUGUGGCUCCCAACUUUGGCAAGGGCCAACCGCUGCCGCCGCCACCAAUGCCCUGGCCUGGCUAUGCAGGGAUGCCGCAAACCAUGAUGAUGCAAGCAUCGAUGCAACCUAUGCCUGCACCUUUGCAGCCAGUGCCACAGCAUCCUGCCCCACCACAAUUGGCUCAAAUGAUGGCACCAGUGGCCCCGCCAUUUUCGGCACCACCUCCACCGCAGCCAUCGAUGAGCUCGGAACAGAUGGAAUUCAUCGAAAUGGCUCGGGCUCGACAAUCAGAACUCCCUGCAGAUAUGAGGCAUCAAAUGCAAAAGAUGGCCAAGAAGGAGGGAGCAAGAGCAACCAAGGACUUGCACAGCGCAGUCAAGCAGCUGGGCAUAGCCAGAGCCGAAGUGGAGGAAGCCAUCCAGGCCCGCAUCAACCUGAUUGCCUCAUGGAAAAACUUCCUUACAGAAGCAGUCAAGACGUGGCAAGACUACACGGUCCUGUUUCAAACUCAGGAACAAGGUCUUCAGGCCAGAAUCCAGGAAGCUCAGGAGAACUUUGCCCAGGCGAAGACCCAGGCUGCAGAUUCACAGGCCGUUGCGGGCAAGUUGACCAUCAUCGAGAUCAAGGACGAGGACGACGAUUUCACCGAAGGUCAAGAGAAGACCAACCUAUCGGCUGGCAAAAUCAACGAAGGUUUGGCCACAUUGUCGGCAUCCUUACAACAGAUGAAGGAACAAGCCGAUGCCAUUGUGGUGGAGGAGAACGCGGCAAAGAGGCAACGUACCUCCCAUCAAGGAGACCAGGCCAUGGACGGGGGCGGCAUGGAAGAUUCCAAUGCCUCGUCCAAGCCGCCUUUUGCCUCGCCCGGCUGUCCAUGA